CACGUGAGACGUUAAACACACCAUCCCCAGCCAAAGACUGCUGCAUUCUCCCCAUUGCCAGCCAUGCUGCUGCUGCUCCUCUGCCUGCUCCUUUGGCCGCAGGGAUGCAGUGCGCGCUAUGAUCCUACCUGGGAGUCUCUGGAUUCCAGACCACUUCCGACCUGGUUUGAUGAAGUCAAGUUUGGCAUCUUCAUCCACUGGGGCGUGUUCUCCGUGCCCAGCUUCGGCAGUGAGUGGUUCUGGUGGUAUUGGCAGAAGGAAAAGAGACCGGCCUAUGUAAAAUUUAUGGAGACAAAUUACCCUCCUGGCUUCAGUUAUGAAGAUUUUGGCCCUUUGUUUACAGCCGAGUUUUUUGAUGCCAACCAGUGGGCAGAUAUUCUGAAGGCUUCUGGUGCAAAAUAUGUUGUCUUGACUUCAAAACAUCAUGAAGGUUUUACUUUGUGGGGGUCCAAAUACUCUUGGAACUGGAAUGCUGUCAACAUAGGACCAAAACGGGACAUUGUGGCUGAACUAGCAACAUCUAUAAGAAACAGGACGGAUUUGCACUUUGGGCUGUAUCACUCUCUCUUUGAAUGGUUCAAUCCUCUCUUCCUUUAUGAUGCCUCCAAUGUAUUCAAGACAAGACAGUUUCCAACAGCCAAGUCAUUGCCUGAGCUCUAUGAGAUUGUGGCUAAAUACCAACCAGAGAUCCUCUGGUCUGAUGGGGCUGGUAAUGCACCAGAUACUUACUGGAACAGCACUGGAUUUUUAGCCUGGCUGUAUAAUGACAGCCCAGUUCGGGAUACAGUUGUAACAAAUGAUCGUUGGGGAGUUGGCAGCAUUUGUAAACAUGGUGGAUACUACACCUGCAGCGACCGCUAUAACCCAGGACACCUUCUGCCUCAUAAGUGGGAAAACUGUAUGACCAUAGACAAAUGGUCAUGGGGUUAUAGGAGGAAUACGCAGCUAAGUGAUUACCUCACGAUUGAAGAACUGGUAAAGCAACUCGUAGAAACAGUAUCAUGUGGGGGAAAUCUCCUGAUGAACAUUGGGCCCACCCAUGAUGGUCGCAUUGAUGUUAUAUUCCAAGAACGCCUAAGGCAGAUGGGUGUCUGGCUGAGAGUCAAUGGAGAAGCCAUUUACGGAACUAAACCAUGGAGAACGCAGAAUGACACUGUCACACCAGGAGUGUGGUACACGUUCAAACCUAAAGAAGAGACAGUCUAUGCCAUUUUCCUUAAUUGGCCAAUCUCGGAGACUCUGGUACUUGGUGACCCAAAAACCAAAAUUGGAGCAACACAAGUGAAGCUGAUUGGACAUAAAGGACAAUUGAAGUGGGUUUCACUGGGAGAAAAGGGGAUGAUAGUGGCUGUGCCUCAGCUAACCCCUAGUCAGUUACCCUGUCAAUGGGGCUGGACUCUGCAACUGAUGAAUGUAAACUGAACGAUACAAAUGGAGACUUCAGUUGCUGUUUCUUCACAAAUGUAACUGAGAACACUUCAGAUUUCUAACUUGCUUAUAUAUACACGCUGUAUUGAACUCCCCAUGUACAGCUGAAAUUGAGAUUGAUGGGAGCAGAUUAAAUGCAGACAAAUGCUGUUCCAGAUUCAGUGGAAUGGGCAUUUGGCCUUUCACUUCCAGCAUUUAACCUCUUUGAUUUGAAAGACUGGUUAGCUUUAAGUGGUGGGGUGGAUUUGUAAGAUUACAUAAUAUUAGAUUUCUGAUCUACUGGUUUCAAUUCAUCUCUUCAAAAAAGGUCUGUGCACUGACCCAUGGUGCAUCUUCCUUAAGCAGCCCACAACAGCAGGAGCAAGGUUGUGAAUGUAGCCAAAUUCUGCAGUGAUAAGUUGAUCAAAAAGCAGGUGUACAGGGCAAGGGUUAGUUGUACCAGUCAGCCUUUUUGAAGUUAUUUUGUGUACUUUUUAAAACCAGAUAUUUAUUUUUUUUCUAAUGGAAAUAUUUCAGUUGUUUCCUCUCUCCCUCUUUUCCACUGAAAAAGGAAAAAGAGCCAAAAAUAAAAUUAAUCAAAAGCAAAGUUUUGAAGUUUGUUAUUGAAAAAAGGCUAUCUUUCAUUAAAAAUAAUUUCACAUGAAAAAAUUUGACCAGCUGUGGUAGUAAAUCAUGAAUAAGGCACUUUCAGCCAUACUAGAAAUACACUGAGUCUAGCAGAAUCUCCGCUAUGCUGCAGGUUAUUGCUAUGAGGGGUAUGGUUAAUUUUUAAGUUAUGGAGAACUUGAGCAACACAUCCUUUCACUGUGAAAGGCACUCCUCGUGAAGGAUAUAAGAGAGCAGAAAAGAUAUUUCUAGAAAUAUCUGGACCUCUGCUGCCUUCUAGGAACAUGGCUGUCCUUUCAGCAACAUUGUGUCCCCCAAUAAUUUUCAACUCACUGUGUAUUUAGCAGUUCCAGGUUUACCUUUUUACAGCAGAAGGUGAGUUAAGUGACUGAAAGGGCCAAAUAUUGCUCUAAAUAGCCAAAUAGCACUUGUGGGAGAAAACCGUUUAAAAGUCAUUCUAAUCCUUCCUUCCUCCUAUGGCAUGGGCUGUCCAUUUAUGACAAACCCUUUCUCUCUUCCUCAAUACCCACUUAACCAAAGGGAUGUAGAGAUUUGUGUUUCAGUGACUAUGAGGCUGGGUGCAGUUGGGACACCAAAAAGGCCCAACUGGCCAAUCAAUAUUGAUCUUUGGGUAACAGGACUGUGGUAUUGAACAUGGUAUAAGUGGCUAGACAGAAUUCUAAAUGAAGAAAGAUUAACUAGGCUAUUUUCACAGCCUUCAGAAGAGUCAAAGUCUACUACAACUUAUUUUGUCAAAGACAAAGCUUCAGUGCCACAUUUCUAGAGAGCUGGGGAAUUUAGUACAGCUGUAGCUUCUAUCCUACUUCAGAAAUAUUAAUCAUUAUCUAAUAUUCCAUUGUAUAUCCUACCCUGGGCAGCAAUCUUGCAAGGAGUUAUGCACAUCCAUAGCGUUAUACUGAGUAGUUGCACUGAUUUUAAUAGGAGUAGUCACAACAUAUAAGGUUAUGCAUGUGCUUAAGUCUUUUCAAGAUCAGGGCUCUAGUCUGACUGGCUGCAAGUAAUAGACUAGGAAAAUCAUGUAAUUGGAACUAUUUCAAGCAGCUCCCUUUGGUGAGGAAUUUAACACAAAAUCUUAAUUUUAUGUGUGAAAUUUUAUCUACUGUGUAGAAUUUAGGAGAUUGUGAAUAGGAGUAGGCCUGAGUUACAAAAUCUGUACUUAUGCUAUAGUGAUGGGCAUAUUAAAAGUCUGAGUGGUGAAUUGAUGUUA